AUGUGGCUUGCUGGACUUCCAUCCCUGUAUGCGACUAGCUACGGAACAUCAAGCGGAUCUUCCUUCGAAGAUCCCUAUGCAUACCAUGCGGCAACCUUUUCGACUCAGGUGAACUGGAAGAAAAACUGGAGAAACUCUGGCAACGUGUCUACUAUACUGGAUGUCAAACCGACCACCCAGAACUUCUUUUCCCUCAGGGCGGAAGAGCGCGCAACAUCCUUGUGGGACUUCUGGGUACGUUUAACCUUUGCAAGCAUGUCAAAGUCUCGGGCAAGGUCGGGUUAG